AUGGAAUAUCUGACUCCCUCACCAAACAUAGUAGAUAUGAAUCUGAAGAUAACUCAUAUCGAAUGCCAUCCUGAGUGCUUGGUUAUAGUGUUCAAGGCUCGAUACAAGGCAGGAUGUGAGCUUGACUAUUACAUACUACAAAAUGAAAUACAACGUGUAUUCAAAGUAAAAGAUAAUGUUUACAUUGGUGGAUCUUGCUUGGUGGAAGACAUGGAAGGAAAAUGGCAUAGAGGAAGAGUUCUGGAAAAGAGAGAGAAUAUCUGUGAGGCUUUUCUUAUAGACACUGGGCAAGUGCUAGUGGUUGAGGAAACUCAUCUUGCUUCUGCUUGUGAUGAAUUGUUUCAACUGCCUCCAAAGGUGGUUUUGGGUGUUUUUGCAAGCAUACUUCCUCUUGGAGAAAAAUGGGGUCCAAAAGCCAUUAACUAUUUUUCAUCUCUGGUAGGAUUACAGAUUGCAGGUCAUGUGAAAGCUGUUACACCAUACCAACUGUUUAUUCUAGAAGUACCAAAGAUCAUUAGCGAUGUUCUUGAACUGCAGUUAGGAAAAUUUAUUGAUGGAGAUUCAUUUUGUCUUAUUGUAGAAACGUUAAGAGUGUUUCCCCAAGAAAUGCUUUGUAAGAGAGUGCCACAAUUGUUGCAACAGAAGUAUCCAGUCAAGGAAUUGCUUACUUUCAGUAAUUCUGAGAAACCAACAGAUUUUUGGCCAGUUCCAGAUGAUCUCUUUCCACGUCUACCUGUUGGCAGUAAAGAAAAUGUAAAAGUAACUGUUGCAGUAAGCCCAAAUAAAUUUUACUGUCAGGUACAGAAAUGGCAGAAAGAACUGGAAGAUUUGACAGGAGCUAUGCAUUUGUACUAUGAAGCUAUCAGUACAGAAAAUAAUACAUCUUUUGAUAGUUUCGGGCUACUCUGUGCUGCUAAAAGGCAAAACGGACAGUGGCAUAGAGGAGUGAUAAAACAGCUUCUCUCUGACCAUGUGGAAAUCUGGUUUAUGGAUUUUGGCAAUAUUGAAGCUGUGCCAUCUAGUUGCGUUCAGAAGCUUAAAGUAGAGUUCAUGGCAUUACCAAUGACUUCAUUUCCAUGUGCGCUGUCUUGUUUUGGUAGACAGGAUGAAACAGUAAUAAAAAUUCAGCUGGAAGAACUUAUACAGGCCUUGAUAGGACAAACUUCUGUGUGUGUCCAUGUUGAUCUGUUCGAUGAUGUUAAACGCUUGUAUUACAUUACACUGCAAAAUCAAAAUCUUAGAAUUAAUGCUAAGCAUCCAGAAAACCUGAAUGAGGCAGCUGCAUCAUGUGUCUCACUUCUGGAAACAAACAUCAGGAGUAUUGCAGUAAACUGCAAACCAUGUGAUGAGAGAUACAGUUCAUUUAACAAUUGUACUGGAAGGAAACAUACAAAAAACUGCUUACCUGAAUGGGAUAUUUCUUUGUCAAGCCACUGCAAAAGAGUAGAAAUGCAAAUGAAUUCUUUCCAUACUGCUUAUGUGGUAUAUGUUAUAAAUCCAUCUAACUUCUGGGUUCAGACAUGUGAAUAUCAGAAUGAAUUUCAAGCCUUGAUGAAAAAUAUUGCAGAUGCAUAUAACCGAUGUGGAGCUGAUGAAAUGGUCCUUAAAAACCCAGAACCUGGAUUUCUGUGCUGUGCCCGGUAUAGCAAAGACAUGCAUUAUUAUCGGGGUGUUGUCAUUGAAGUGCUUCAUGUAAAUAUUACUGUUUAUUUUUUGGACUUUGGAAAUACAGAUACAGUACCCUGUUAUGAUGUGAAAAUGUUGCUUCCUGCGUUUUCUGAUUUACCAGCUUUAGCUAUGUGUUGUGCACUUGCUUGUACGUUUCCUGUUGAUGAUGUGUGGGUUAAAAAGGAAACUGAUUUCUUCAAAGAGGUUGUGCUUAACAAAGUACUCCGGCUUCAUGUCAUUGGAAAGCAAAACAACAAGUAUAUUGUUAAUGCACGGUAUAAGAGUGGUUUGCAGCAAGAUGUUGCCACAUGUAUGGUUCAAGCUGGAUACGCUGAAUACUGGGAUUUUUCAUGUCAGUUGCAAAGUAAGCUGCCAGAGCUAAAUAAUUUAAUGGAACAAAUUCAGGCUUACUAUAAAGACCAUACCUGUCCUUACAAAACUGGACAGGUUGCCUGUGUUGUUAAACGUCCCAAAGAUGGGAAAGUUUUACUUCAAGAUCUUCAAGCUGUUCUUCCAGAUUUCCUGAUUCUGGAAAGUCAAGCAUUUCGAUGUGGACUUAAAAAUGUACCCUUACAGACUGACUCACUUAAUUGGUCUGAAAAAGUGCGUAGACAUUUUGAAGACUUUAUUUCUGCUUCUAGAGGACCACUGACUUGCACAGUUUAUGCUCUUAUUCUUGUAAGUCCCAACUGUUUAUGUAAUGUAAUUGACUUACAGACUCCAUUUGUUAGUACAGAGGAAUUCCUCAGAGAAUGUGGUGUCACCCAGUCUGAAUAUAUUGGUCUGAGGAACCUUGCAUCUUUGGGUUCCCUGUACAGUUUUUGCUACUCGUCAUUUAAUAUAAAAGUUGGAAGUGAGGAGGAGGUUUAUAUAACUCACAUACGGAGUCCUUCAAAUUUCUAUUGUCAGCUUAAUCGAAACACUGAAACUAUAGAGGCAUUGAUGAAGAAGGUUAGCGUCAUAAGUAAAAUGUCAAAUAAUGCGAAAUGUGAUACCAGCAGUACGCGAUUAUGUGUAGCCAGAUAUUUUGAAGAUGGUCUCUUUUAUAGAGCUUUGGCUUUUCCUGUGGAAUCGACAUCUUACCUGUGUGCUGACUUUGUGGAUUUUGGAAAUAAGAAUAUAGUAGAGAGAGACCAGUUGAUGCCUAUUCCAGACUCUGCCACUGACUUAAUAUUCACGCCCAUGCAAGCUAUUAAAUGCUGUCUGUCAGAUCUUAAGGAGACAAAAAUUCCAGCAAGAGUUGCUAGAUGGUUUGAGGAAGCAUUCCUUGGUAAACUGCUGAAAGCUGUAAUUGUAUCCAGAGAAUCAGAUGGACAGAUUGUUGUGGAGUUGUAUGAUGGACAGCUCAAAGACAGUCAAGACCUAGGUUUUAGAAAUACCGUUGCUACUGUUCUGGAGCACAAAGAGGAACCUCUGGUUGGAGAGCCUGCUUCUCACUCACUCUGUGAUCCUGCUUCAGAUUCAAAGGAAAUAACUGUAAAUGCUCUCUCUGAAUCUCACAAUGAAAGACUAAAUUAUACAGGUCAGCAGGAAAGGAGUAACGAAAAUAUACCUAAAUUAAUCAGUCUUCCUCAACGUGAUAUUCAGGUGAAUUCUGAAGUAGCAGGGUAUAUUUCUCAUAUGAAUAGUCCAUCAAGUUUCUAUGUUCAGCUUGCAGAGGAUGAAAACUUAAUAAUACAACUAGCAGAAGAAUUAAAUGAAAGCAUGGUGAAUGUAGAUCGUGAAAAUUGCUUAGAUGAGCUCAUGGUAGGGGAUCUCAUUGUAGCGGAAUAUGACACUGAUUGUUUUUACUAUAGAGCAGUUAUUAAAACUCUGCAGUCAGGAAACUUCUUUGAGGUGGAGUUCAUUGACUAUGGUAAUGCAGCAGUUGUAAGCCUUUCAGAAAUCUGUAGGAUUCAGAAGAAGUUCUUAACUUUGCCAAGGCUCAGUGUUCAUUGUUUCCUUAGCAGAGUAAAAACUGUUCCUGAUGAAAGCUGGACUAAUGAAAGUACUUCCUAUUUUGUAAGCAAAAUAAAUAACAAGCCAGUCACUUGCAAGUUCUUACAGCAACAUGGAGAGCAGUGGGAAAUAGAUGUAAUUUGUGAUGGAAGGUCAAUGUCUAAUGACCUUCUGCAGAAAAAAGGCAGGAGAAGGUGGCAAAACACACCAAUACAUAAUCAAGAAAACAGGCCAAAGCAAAUACUGGUUACAAAUGGUAAUCCUCCAGAUAGAAAGUCUAGGAAUGGUUUAGGUGGUCAAAGUAAAACUAAGGCUGUUAAGAUGAAAAAUACUUUCAAAACACCCUUAAAUGUCCUUCCUCAAGGUCUAAAUUCUGGACAGGUAGAAGGAGCAGAAGUAACUAAUAUUUCAGAGAGUGGAGAAUUUCAUGUACAGUUACUUAGAAAUUUGCAAAUAUUACGGCAGUUAAAUGUAAUGCUUGUCAGAGAAGCACAAAGAAGUGAUUUGCUUGGAGUGGAUGACAUUGAAGAAGGAUUGGAAUGUAUGACAAAAUCUGAAAGGAACUUGAAGUGGUAUCGAUCAAAAGUGGUAAAGAAAUUUGUCAGGGAGAAGUUAAUGCUAGUUUUUUUCAUCGAUUAUGGCAAGCAUGAGGUGGUGUCCUUAAAUAAUGCAAAGAUGCUCAGUGACAAAAUUAAAAGUAUUCCUAAACAAGCUGUGUUUUGUAAAUGGGUUUGGCUUAAAAAACUGAAGAAAACUCAGUUUGUCCAUGUAGUAAAUGCACUCCUGGAUUGUGAAAUACGGAUCUUGUUUUUGAGAUAUUUGGAAUCCUCUCAUAUCUGGGAAGUAGAUAUUUUAGUAGGGGAAAUUCUGCUUCAGGAGUAUUUGAACCAGCUCUUAAGUCAUUGUCGGACUACUGUUGGACCAGGAAAAUCCAGUAAUACAGACUGUAAGGAGUUUGAGACAUCAUUCAAGAUAAAUUCAGUCAUGUGGAUGCUGCUGCAGAGUGGCAGAAGGUAUCCUGGGUUUGCAACUGCAGUUAGUGAUCCUUCAAACUUCUGCAUCCAGUUUGAAGUCUUAUUUGACUGCAUGAAAGACUUGUCUUUGCUGCUCUCUGACCUUCCUGACCACUUGCCAGCUUUGCCAGAAGAACUUGUGGCUCCUGGUGCUAGCUGCUUGAUCAAGUUUGGGCUGGAAGCACAGUGGAACAGAGCAGAAGUUAGUGAAGUAACAAGCCAGUCUGUUGUUCUUACAUUUAUUGAUUAUGGCUUUCUGAAGAGCAUCCCUUAUUCUGAUAUCCAUAAACUUAAAGUUAUUCCAGAAAGUCUAUCUGUCUUACCACGCCUGGCACACUCUUGCUCUUUACAUGAUACAGUUCCGGCCAAGGGGGAAUACUGGAGUGAUGAAGCUAAACUUCUGUUUCAGAAGCUUCUUAGUAAACCGGGUCUGAUAUUUCAUUUUAAACACUAUGGCUCUGAAAUGAAAUUAGAGGUGGAUGUUCUGUAUGAGGAGAAGAAUCUAGCUCAAACCUUAAUUGCUGCUGGCCAUGCAGUCUCUUCUAGAA